AGGGCUGGAAGGCGGCUGCCGGGUGGCCGGGAGAGCGCGUCCGGGGGAAGCUGGCCCGGCGGGACGGAGCCAGGGCGGUCUGCGGAGCACUAGGGAGCGCUGGGGUCCCGCCACAGAGCGCCCCCUCACAUCAGAUCUAGCCGCCGGCUUACUACGCAUGCGCAGCCGCAGGGUUCGGCUUUUCUGUCUGCCGAUGCUCUAACCUUUGGUCCCUGCCCAGUCUUCCAAGCAGCCACAACAUGAACACGUCCCCAGGCACGGUGGGCAGUGACCCGGUCAUCUUGGCCACUGCGGGCUAUGACCACACGGUGCGGUUCUGGCAGGCCCACAGUGGGAUCUGCACCCGCACAGUGCAGCACCAGGACUCUCAGGUGAACGCGCUUGAGAUCACGCCUGACCGCAGCAUGAUUGCUGCUGCAGGUUAUCAGCACAUCCGCAUGUAUGAUCUCAACUCCAAUAACCCCAACCCCAUCAUCAGCUAUGACGGGGUCAAUAAGAACAUCGCGUCUGUGGGCUUCCAUGAGGAUGGUCGCUGGAUGUACACGGGUGGGGAGGACUGCACCGCCCGGAUCUGGGACCUCAGGUCCCGGAACCUUCAGUGUCAGCGGAUCUUCCAGGUGAAUGCGCCCAUUAACUGCGUGUGUCUGCACCCCAACCAGGCGGAGCUCAUUGUAGGUGACCAGAGUGGCGCCAUCCACAUCUGGGACUUGAAGACUGACCACAACGAGCAACUGAUCCCUGAGCCUGAGGUCUCCAUCACAUCUGCCCACAUAGACCCAGACGCCAGUUACAUGGCAGCAGUCAACAGCACCGGGAACUGCUAUGUCUGGAAUCUGACGGGGGGCAUUGGCGACGAGGUGACACAGCUCAUCCCCAAGACCAAGAUCCCAGCACAUACCCGCUAUGCCUUGCAGUGCCGCUUUAGCCCAGACUCCACGCUCCUCGCCACCUGCUCGGCAGACCAAACAUGCAAGAUUUGGAGGACAUCCAACUUUUCCCUGAUGACGGAGCUGAGCAUCAAGAGCAGCAACCCUGGAGAGUCGUCCCGAGGCUGGAUGUGGGGCUGCGCCUUCUCGGGGGACUCCCAGUACAUUGUCACUGCUUCCUCUGACAACCUGGCCCGGCUCUGGUGUGUGGAGACGGGAGAGAUCAAGAGAGAGUACGGUGGCCAUCAGAAAGCCGUGGUCUGCUUGGCUUUCAAUGACAGCGUGCUGGGCUAGCCUCUGCCCUGUUGGGGUUGCAGGCAGCCAUCAGGCGGCAUCAGCUGGAUGUGACUGUUCAGCUGCCCAGGUCAGAGUGAACUCCCACAGGCUAGCGUCUGCCAGCCUAGGCUAGCUGGACCUGACUAACCUACCCUAGCCCUCUUGGCCAGCCUAGAUCAGCAGGCCCCUGGGGGCUCUUUUAGCCCUCAGUUGUUUAUCUGUAUGUGACAAGGCUCAGGAGGCUGACCCAAGCCAGCCUGGCUGGUGCCCCUCCUCCAGCCAGUGCUUUUCCCCCUCCCUGCCCCUGUUUCAUGUCCUGAGGCCACAGAGAACAACAUCAUGGCCAGGUGGAGGGGUUUAUUAACCCCCGCCGGCGGCUGCCCUCCACAACAGUACUGGUGACAGAGCCAGCUGGCUGGCUGGCCUGUGGGGCUGGGCAGACUGGGGGCUCAGUCUGGGAGGUAAUAAAAGCAGACUGACACGCA